AUGAACAAAACCAGAGGGGCCUGUGAGAACCCAGAGUCUUGGAACAUAUCACUUACAGAUAAGGCGUCUUUGCCCAAUUUCACACUGCCAUUUGCAUUUAAUCAAAGGGCCAUUGAACAAGCUCUGAAUGGAAGCCUUAUUACUGUCCUCAUCAUUGUCAUGAUCUCACUGGGGUGCACCAUGGAGCUUGCCAAGAUCAAGACUCACUUCUGGAAGCCCAAAGGGCUAGCCAUUGCUGUGGUUGCUCAGUAUGGCAUAAUGCCUCUGACAGCAUUUUUGCUGGGUAAACUCUUUCACCUGGACCCUAUUGAAUCUCUGGCUAUCCUUAUCUGUGGCUGCUGUCCAGGUGGAAACCUCUCAAACAUCUUUAGUCUGGCAUCCAAAGGAGAUAUGAACCUCAGCAUUUUGAUGACCACAUGUUCAACAUUCCUGGCAUUUGGCAUGAUGGCUCUUCUCCUAUAUAUUUACUCAAGAGGGUUGUACGAGGGUGAUCUAGAAAGCAAAGUGCCUUACAAGGAAAUAGUUUUCUCCCUGGCUACAAUGCUCAUCCCCUGUGCCAUUGGCAUCUUCCUGAAUGAGAAGAAGCCACAGUAUGCUCGCCUCAUCAUCAAGGCAGGGAUGAUCAUUUUCCUAGUGUCAUCUGUUGCAAUAAUCGCUCUGUCUGUGAUCAGUGUUGGAAACCGUAUCUUACUCAUCUUGUCACCACCUCUAUUGGGAACUUCUGCCUCCAUGCCUUUGAUUGGUUUCCUGCUGGGCUAUGUCCUUUCAGCGUGUUUCAAGCUCAAUGACCGGUGCAGGAGGACAGUGUGCAUGGAGACUGGCUGCCAGAAUAUACAGCUUUGCUCUGCUAUCCUCAAAGUGGCCUUUGACCCUGAAGUCAUUGGACCCCUCUACUUCUUUCCACUGCUGUACAUGGUUUUCCAGAUCGGAGAGGGCCUUCUCUUGGUACUGACCUUCAGGGUACAUGAAAGGAUAAAGAAACCAAAUGGUACAGCAAAAAUUAUCUAUACAGCUGUGGAUGGCAACACUGCACAGGAAAUAAAGUCACCACCAAGAAACAAGAGCAAAUCAAGGAAAAGGCAGGAGGACUAUGCAACAGGCAUCUCCACCAAAGCUUCAAGUAAUGUUCUCCACCCAUGGUUUGCUGAACUCCAGUAG